AUGGCCUCUGCCAUCAGCGCCGCUCGCUCGCGCCCCGGCGCCGCCAAUGGCUUCUCGUCGCCCGGCGUUGCACGCGUCAACAUGCUGCUGGUCUUCGUCUUCCACGCCUUUGCGCCCAUCGUCAAGGCGCUGCCCCUGCCCUUGGGCGGCCUCGUCCACGCGCUCGGUGAAGAGGCGCACCCAAAGAACGAUGCCAGCCUCGUGCUGUACUUGGGCAUCGCAAUUGCGCUUGUCCUGGCGGGUGGUGUUUUUGCGGGCUUGACCAUUGCGCUCAUGGGCCAGGACGAAAUCUACCUCCAGGUCCUUGCCCAGUCUGGCGAGCCGCACGAGCGCAAGAACGCGGCCCGCGUGCUGCGACUGCUGAAGCGCGGCAAGCACUGGGUCCUGGUGACGCUCCUCCUCAGCAACGUCAUCACCAACGAGACGCUGCCCAUUGUGCUCGACCGCUCGCUGGGGGGAGGCUGGCCGGCCGUUGUUAGCUCCACGGUCCUCAUUGUCAUCUUCGGUGAAGUCGUGCCUCAGUCGAUAUGCGUCCGCUACGGACUGCCCAUCGGCGCCUGGAUGUCGCCCCUCGUCCUCGUGCUCAUGUACAUCAUGGGCAUCGCCGCCUGGCCCACUGCGAAGCUCCUCGAUUACCUCCUCGGCGAAGACCACGGCACCCAUAUACAAGAAGACGGGCCUCAAGACUCGCUCGGUCACGCCGAAGAACGUCUCAACGAGGACGAGGUCACAAUCAUUACCGCUGUGCUGGACCUGAAGGCCAAGGCCGUGGGCAACAUCAUGACACCCAUGAAGGACGUCUUCACCAUGUCGUCCGAUACCAUCUUGGACGAGAAGAUGAUGGACAACAUCCUUUCUGCGGGGUACUCGCGCAUUCCUAUCCACAAUCCCGGCAACAAGAACGACUUCGUCGGCAUGCUGCUUGUCAAGAUGCUCAUCACCUACGAUCCCGAGGACGCCUUGCGUGUACGCGACUUCGCCCUCGCCACGCUCCCCGAAACCCGUCCCGAGACCAGCUGUCUAGAUAUCCUCAACUUCUUCCAGGAAGGCAAGUCGCACAUGGUACUCGUGUCCGACUUCCCAGCCGAGUCCCGCGGCGCUGUCGGUGUUGUCACACUGGAGGACGUCAUCGAGGAACUCAUUGGAGAGGAAAUCAUUGACGAGUCCGACGUCUUCAUUGACGUCCACAAAGCCAUCCGCCGCAUGGCCCCGGCUCCUCGCGCACGCGUGCCCCGGGGCAAGGUCAUCACCGACGUCCCUCGCAAAGCAUCCGAACAACCGCUCAUCGACGUCGAAGAGGAGGCUCAGCCCAAUGGUCAUGCGCCACGCAAGCUGUCCCUGCCAGAGACUUCUGAGAACCCUCCAUUGACUUCGUUUCUAGUACGACGCCGUAGCAGCGGAAACAAAGGGGCAGAGCCUCUUCGCAGCGAUGACCCCGAGGUCUACCGUCACCUGAAGCACCUCGGACCGUCCAAUGCCGCCAGCAGGCCCAAGUCAACGCGCAUCAACACCGUCAAGAUCAAGCCCUCAACCGCCGCUGCAAUUCCCCAGACCAUUCCCGAAUACGAACGUCCAGCCAUACCCGAUCGAUCAUCACUGGGGUCGUCUUCAGGCGUGGUGCUACCGGAAUCAAAGGGACUACAAGGCGGUGUAGGGGAAGGACUACUUGCUUCAGCCGGGCGUGAGGCCAGCGAUGGUGUUCAUAGCGUGGCAGUGGGAUACGGUACCAUGGCACCAGGUGGCGAUCGCAUGUCCUGGAAAUCCGGUCGCUCUGGCUUGAGAGACGCAGAGGAAGAGCCACGCUCGCCAAAGUCCAACGCUAAUGGAGGCGACUAUUUGGUUGUCGACAACUCAAAGCAACACGACGAGGACGAGGACGAGGACGACAACCACAACCAUGACUCGAGAUCCCGCGCAAGAUCAGUCAGCACAAUCGCUUCCCUACGCUCUGCACGCUCGCGGUCAAAGAGUCCCCCGAAGAAACGCCACACCGCUCGCAGCGGCAGCAUCUCCGAGAAUGUUGUCGACGUGAACGGCGUCAAGAAGAUUGUCUUGGAGACCACAAGUUCGAGUGAUUCCGAUGACAAGGUUAUCCUACUUAGCCCUACUGACGGUGCGCAAGACGAUUCCAAGGGUCACUCGGACGCAGAUUCAGCGAAUCCUGGCAGCCAAGCGGGAGGAAGCAAAAAGAAGAGGAAGAAGCGAGGUAAGAAGAAGAAGGGCAAUGCGGGAGACGGCAGCGAAUCCCAGCCCUUGCUUGGAGAACGAUGAU